GCCGGGUUUCCCGCGCGCGCGUCUGGCGCGGCAAGAUGGCGGGAGAGCGCGCGGUGGGGCUCGUGCGGGAGCUGCACCGCGCCGCCGGCGGGCACCUGCCGCCCUUCCGUGCGGAGGGGCUGCGGCAGGCCCUGGAGGAGAUGCGGACGCUGUACGAGCGGAACCAGGCGGACGUGUCCGAAGCGAAGGCGGGGCGGACGGACCUGAUUUUCCUCAUCCGUUUUCGGCACUGCUGCCUGCUCCGAAACCAGCGCUGCAUCCUGGCCUACCUAUAUGACCGGUUGCUGCGGAUCCGAGCACUAAGGUGGGAGUAUGGCAGCGUCCUGCCAAACACCAUCCAGUUCCACAUGUCAGCUGAGGAAGUGGAAUGGUUCAAUCGGUACAAAAAGUCUCUGGCUACCUACAUGAGGUCAGUAGGAGGAGAGGAGGGGCUGGACCUUACACAGGACAUAAAACCUCCUAAAAGCCUGUACAUCGAAGUCCGGUGUUUAAGAGACUAUGGAGAACUUGAGAUCGAUGAUGGUACCACUGUCCUGUUGAAGAAGAAUAGCCAGCACUUCUUACCCCGCUGGAAAUGCGAGCAGUUAAUCAGACAAGGAGUCCUCGAGCACAUUCUGUCGUAAGCAUGCAGGACUGGAGAGACAAUGCUUGCUUGGUGGCCUGCCCGCAACAGGGACUGAACUCUGGUGUGUGCAGGACUUCAGAUACCUCAGCAUUUCUCCAGUGGGCACCCUGCUGCUCCUCUUAAUAGCCUUUGAUACCUGAUGUGAAGAUCAGCCCCGAGUUUAUGAAGUAUGCAAACCACACUGGCCAGCUCUUCAUGACCAAAGGGUGCAUACUGGUAAUGUAGUGAUCCUGGAAAUCCAGCAUAGUACGGGGUGGUAUUGUAGGUGGGGGAGGUGGGCAGGGGGUGGUAUCCAAGCCCCACAGCUACAAGCAGGUUUUGUGAAUGCAUUUUUGCUUGGAGCACUUCUUUGUUCACACUGUGCAUGUGGGAGUUAGAGUCCAAGAGGCUGGGCUCUAGAAUGCAGGAGAGCUCUAUGGUUGCAAAACAAUAAAGUAUCUCAGCCUUCAA